AGGCCGCCCAGCCAUGUUGAGAAGUCUGUCAAGCAAAGUGCAGCCCGCCAUUGUGUAGACACCAAGCAGGCUCUGUAGGGAAAUAGGGGCGCUCAGCUCUAUCACCCGUAGCUACGCGAAAUUCGCCAGCCUGCCGCUCGAAAUAUAUUUGGGCAGUCUGCCGGGGGGGAUUUGAAAAAAAAAAAAAAAAGACAUGUCAGCCAGCAGCCUCUUCGAACAGGUAAAGAGAGGUAUUUUCUGAAGCGAAUUGUCAGCAUCGCGCGGCGGCUACGGCUAGCGAGUGAUAGCUUAGCUUCGAGAGGCAAAAAGCGGCUGUGGCUAAGUAGUGCAGCAGUAGGCCUUGACCACCUGCUAAACGGAACUGAGCUCAACCUAGUAUCUCUUCAUCUAUUUUUCCCCUUCCUCUUUUCUCAUAAAUCAAACCUUCAUGAAUCACCUGGACCCAAUCCAGAGACCGAAAGGCCAAGGAAAUAAAGUGCAAAACGGAGCUGUGACCCAAAAGGAUUCCUUGAAUGAUGAUGAGUUUGAGCCUUAUCUAAACACUCAGGCCAGACAGAGCAAUGCCUAUACGGCCAUGUCGGACUCCUACAUGCCCAGCUAUUACAGCCCCUCCAUAGGAUUUUCCUACUCCCUCAACGAGGCAGCAUGGUCCACCGGCGGGGACCCUCCUAUGCCUUAUCUGGCCUCCUAUGGACAGCUAAGCAACGGGGAGCCCCACUACCUCCCAGACGCCAUGUUCGGGCAGCCGGGCCCUUUGGGAAGCAACCCCUUCAUGGGCCAGCACGGCUUCAACUUCUUCCCCAGCAGCAUCGAUUUCUCGGCGUGGGGGAACAGCAGCUCUCAGGGACAGUCGGGCACGCCGCAGAGCUCCGGCUACAGCAGCAGCUAUGCCUACGCUCCCAGUUCCCUGGGAGGGGCCAUGAUUGACGGACAGUCCCCCUUUGCGCCCGCUGCCAAUGAACCCCUCAACAAGGCGCCCGGUAUGAACAGCCUGGACCAGGGCAUGGCCGGCUUAAAGAUCGGCAGCGCGUCUCCCGGGGGCGGAGGGGACCUGGCUCCCAAGGUGAUCGGCUCCGGCUUACCGGGAGGGGGCCCUCUGGGUCCCGUGUCUAAUGUUGGACCCCCCAGCAUGCCCCCCGUCUCGAUCGCCCCCGCCAAGCCCGCCUCCUGGGCGGACAUUGCCAGCAAGCCAGCCAAGCCACAGCCCAAGCUGAAAACCAAGGGUGGCAUGGCCGGGACCAAUUUGCCGCCUCCGCCCAUUAAACACAACAUGGACAUCGGCACGUGGGACAACAAGGGCCCCGUGCCCAAAGCGGUCACGCCUCAGCAGGUGCCCCCGAUUCCCAGCAACGGGCAGCAACCCAACCAGUCGUCCCCCCAGCCCGGAAGCACGGCGGUGGGCAACCCGCAGAUGCCCCUCAGCAACGGACAGCUGGUACCCCCGAUUUCCCAGAUGGGGCAGCAUCAGCUCCCGCCGAGCGGGCAGCCCGGUAUGGCUCAAAUGCCCCAGCCGCCUCUCUCCCAGGGCCCCCCGCCGCCGCCGAGUCAACAGCAGCAAGCCGCCCAGCCCACCCGCUGGGUGCCCCCGCGGAACCGGGCCAACGGAUUCGGGGACGGCGGCGGAACCGGUGCGGGCCAGUCGCCUCCCACCUCCUCCGGGGUGGGUAUGGUUCCUGGAGUGUCCUCUGAGCCCCACCCAGUCUUAGAGAAGUUGCGUAUGGUCAACAACUACAACCCCAAGGACUUUGACUGGAACCCCAAGCAGGGCCGCGUGUUCAUCAUCAAGAGCUACUCGGAGGAUGACAUCCACCGCUCCAUCAAGUACAACAUCUGGUGCAGUACGGAGCACGGCAACAAGAGGCUGGACGCCGCCUACCGCUCGCUGGGCGCCAAAGGGCCGCUCUACCUCCUGUUCAGCGUCAACGGCAGCGGGCACUUCUGCGGCGUGGCCGAGAUGCGCUCGGCAGUGGACUACAACACGUCCGCCGGCGUGUGGUCGCAGGACAAGUGGAAGGGGCGCUUUGACGUGCGCUGGAUCUUUGUCAAAGACGUUCCCAACAGCCAGCUGAGACACAUCCGACUGGAGAACAACGAGAACAAGCCGGUGACCAACUCUCGGGACACGCAGGAGGUGCCGCUCGACAAGGCGCGGCAGGUGCUCAAGAUCAUCGCCGGCUACAAACACACCACCUCCAUCUUUGACGACUUUUCGCACUACGAGAAGCGUCAGGAAGAAGAGGAGUGUGUGAAAAAGGUGGAGGUCCAAGGCAGCGAGCCAUAUCCCAGCAACCCAAGCAGGAGUCAUUACAGGCUGCAGGAUCGCCAGGGACGGAUCAAGUAACAGUUGGUGCUUUUGUCAAAAGACUGCAAAGCAACCCCCUCCCACCGCCAAGCCCCCCCACCUACCUGACCCCCCCUCCCUCUCCCCAGCCAGCCAUUGCAUCAUCACAUCCACACGUCUCUUUAUUAAGAAACCCUAAAACUGAAGAAGGCUGAAGAAUUAACCGAGGAUGAGAAUAAAAACACAAUGAAGACUUUCUUGAUUUCUUUUGACUUUAAAGACUUUGGAACUCGUAGUUUAAAAAAAACAAAACAAAAAAAGAGACAAACUAUUAUUCCUAGGACUACAACUUAAUGCAUAGCAUCCUUAGGUGAACUCUUGUUUUGCCAUUCCACUGCAUAUGCUUCUUCCCCAAACUUUUUUUUUUUUUUUAAUGAAAUGAUCAACUUGACCAUUUUUUUUUCUCUUUUUUUUUUAACGGUCCAAGGGCGAGUCUGUAAUGUUCACAUCCACGUUUGCUCGAAAUGUUCUAACAAGUUCACGAGUGGGACUUCUCCUGUGUCUUUUCUGCAUCUUCAUGUUUUCUGAGGACACAUGGAAAAACUGAUUUUUCUUUCUCAGCAGGUCUUCAUCACAGACAACCCUGUUCUUAAAAAUGUCGCCAUCUUGUUUUGUUUUUUGUCCCCUUUGAGCUCUGUCAUACCCUCUCGUUCUUUCUCCUGGAGGUGACGUACAGAAUAGCUGUCGUUUGUUUUUGCAUGCGUCGGGAUGAAUUGCUUUGAGGAUGUCGUAAAGGGAGAUGACGGGUCGAGAGUAUAAAAGCAGCAGAAAAGGUUAAGUUUAGUAUCAUUUAAAAGAGGCCGCCCGCUAACAGUCUUUGUUGGACUUAAUUUGCCCGCCUUUUCUUUACCCCCUGGACAGCUUGAUUCAUUGUUGCGAUGGGCUGCGUUCUUUUCGGGGUUCUUUAUAUUUUUGUUUGUUUCUCCCUUUUCUAACGACAGCGAUGCGAGUGGCCUUGCCCCCACUCUUCCUAUUAAUCAGUUCCAAAGUAAUAAAUGUGGUAUAUUAAGCAGAAAUGGUGUGUAUUCCCCUUGUUUCACUCAAUUCACUUGAUGAAUGUUUUUGAUUUAUGAAACCCGUCCAUCCCAAACAUGAUUUGGACCACCUCUCCCCACUAACGAACUUGGCCUAUCUAUGCCACAACAUUCCCUGCUGUCGAUUUCUGACAGUUUCCCUAAACAACUUAUAAUCAAGUUAGCGUCUAUCGUUUUGUUUAUUUCUUCAGAAUGGCAUUUUUGGGAAGUUUCAACACAAAAAAAACACAAGAUCCUCUUUCAGAACUACUGGCUUUUAUUUGUGGCAGAAUAAAGAUGCUCCACAAAAUGA